AUGGCCUCAUCAGCAGGAUGGUUGAAAGGAAAAGUGAAGGCGGUAACUUCAGGGGAUACCCUUGUGAUCAUGGCCCUCAACCCAGACAAGACCGGAAUCCCACGAGAAAAAACCAUCACUCUGUCCUCACUUAUGGCGCCCAGGCUGGCCCGAAGAGAUGGUGUUGAUGAGCCCUUUGCAUGGUACAGUAGAGAGUUUCUGAGGCAGCUCUGCUUAGGAGAGGAGGUUGUCUUCAAGGUGGACUAUGUUAUAAAAUCCAUAGGCCGGGAUUUCGGUUCUGUCUUCCUUGCCAAGAGCAACGAUAAUGUCGCAAAGCUUGUUGUUUCUCAAGGCUGGGCAAAGGUCAGGGAGCCACAGAGUCAGCCAACAGGUCCGAGACAGGGCCAACAGAAACAGAUAGUAGAAGUUAGUCCUUACCUUGAAGAACUUCUUAGCCUCGAAGAGAAAGCAAAGACUGAAGGUCUUGGUUGCUGGACCAAGGUUCCGGGUGCUGCUGAGGAAUCUAUUAGGUGUCUACCUCCCAACAACAACUUUGAUGCAAUGAGUCUGUUAGCAGAGAACAAGGGCCAGCCCAUGGAGGCUAUUGUGGAGCAAGUUCGUGAUGGCAGCACAUUGGGUGUAUACUUGCUUCCGGAGUUUCAGUUUGUCCGUGUAUUCGUUGCAGGAACUCGGGCCCCCUCCAUGAAAAGUAGCCAUGGAACAAAAGAAACUGUUGCAGUUGCUGAAGCGUUUGCAUUGGAAUCUAAAUUCUUUACAGAAGCUCGUGUGUUGAACAGGGAUGUGCAUAUUGUUCUGCAAGGUGUUGACAAGUUCAGAAAUUUGAUUUGGUCAGUGUAUUACCCCGAUGGAGAAUCCGAAAAGGACUUGGGGCUGGAGCUUGUGGAGAAUGGUUAUGCAAAAUAUGUCGAAUCGAGUGCAAACCUGAUGGAGGAAGAUGCAAAGAAACAGCUCAAGGCUGCAGAGCUUGAAGCUAAGAAAAGCAAGUUGAGGAUGUGGACAAAUUACGUACCCCCAGCUACAGGUUCAAAGCCAAUUCAUGACAAGAAUUUCACAGGAAAGGUUGUGGAGGUUGUGAGUGGGGACUGCAUCAUUGUGGCUGAUGAUUCUCUUCCAUCUGGCAGUCCACUAGCAGAGAGGAGAGUCAAUCUUUCUAGUAUUUGGUUUCCGAAGAUGCACAAUCCUCGUAGAGAUGAAAAGCCGGCUCCAUAUGCACGCGAAGCAAAGGAGUUGCUGAGGACACGCCUUAUUGGUAGCCAAGUGAGUGUUCAAUUGGAGUAUUCUAGGAAGGCUGGCCAAGGAGGUGCAAUGGAUUUUGGAUCAGUCUUUGUGAAGGCUGUGGAGAAAGAUGCAAGUGGGCAGGUUGGGGGGAAUGUUGCUGAGCUCAUGGUUGCACGUGGCCUUGGCACCGUUGUUAAACAUCGAGAUUUUGAGGAGAGAUCGCACUAUUAUGAUGCUCUUCUUGCUGCUGAGUCGCGUGCUAUUGCCGGCAAGAAAGGAAUACAUUCUUCCAAGGAAGCCCCAGUCAUGCACACAAGAGACUUGACAACUGAACCUGCCAAGAAAGCAAGCGAGUUCUUGCCAUUCUUGCAGCGAAAUAGGAAAAUUCCUGCCAUUGUGGAAUAUGUCCUUAGUGGUCAUCGUUUUAAGCUAUUUCUUCCCAAGGAAACAUGCAGCAUUGCCUUCUCUUUCUCAGGUGUGAGAUGUCCCCGUCGUGAGGAGCCCUUUUCGGAUGAAGCAAUUGCAGUCAUGAGGCGAAAAAUAAUGCAGAGAGAAGUUGAGAUUGAGGUGGAGAGUGUUGACAAAACUGGAACUUUCUUGGGAACUUUAUGGGAAUCGGGGACCAAUAUGUCAAUUGCUCUCGUUGGAGCUGGCCUUGCAAAAUAUACUCCCUUUGGCAACAGCGAUAGGAUUCUGGAUGCUCACCUUCUUGAACAAGCUCAAAAAUCUGCCAAACAGCAGAAAUUGAAAAUCUGGGAGAACUAUGAUCAAGGACAGGAAGUUUCCAAGAAACAGAAAAAGGUGCUAAAUGUUGUAGUUACAGAGAUUUUGGACAGCGGUAAAUUUUAUGUUCAGACAACUGAGGACCAAACAACUGCCUCUAUUCAGCAACAGCUUGCUUCUUUGAAUCUUCAAGAAUCUGAUCCUGUAACCGAUACUGAUUUCAAGCCUACGAAGGGUGACAUUGUCCUUGCUCAGUUUAGUGCAGACAAUUCUUGGAACCGUGCAAUGAUUGUCAAUGCUCCUAGAGCAGCUGUAGAAUCCUCUCAAGACGAGUAUGAAGUGUUCUACAUUGAUUACGGUAAUCAAGAGGUUGUCCCUUUCAGUCAGUUACGGCCUCUCGACUCUUCUCUUGCCACUGCACCUGGCCUCGCCCAACUGUGCAGCCUUGCAUAUGUUAAGGAAAAGUUGUUAAAGGGCAGGGAACCGGACCAGCUCUUAUGGUAACUCUUGAGGCAGGUGAUGAUGAGAUGAGUAUAAAUGCUGCCAUGGUUCGAGAGGGACUUGCUAGCCUGGACAAAGAGAAGAAAUUUUGGAAGUCUUCCGAAACCUUGAGAGAAUUCCAGGAUGAAGCAAGGACCUAUCGGCGA